AUUUUAGAAAUUCACUUACUCUGCCUCAAGAUUAAAAUCACUACAAAGUUUGUACAGCAUGAGCCUGACUUGUGUUACAACUCACAAGCUAUAUUUCCACAGAGACUACCCAUUGGAGGAGAUGGACAACUUGUGUGUCCUUAUUUGAGUUAUUUUAAAGAUGAGCACAAUGAGAUACCCAAAAUACAGUGGUAUAAGGAUUGCAAACCUCUCCUUGACAGUAAAAACUUUAUUGGAAAUACAAAUAAACUCAUGAUAAGGAAUGUGACUGAAGCACAUAAAGGGAAAUAUACUUGUGGUGCAUCCUACGCAUACUUGGGAAAGCAAUAUCGUAUCAACCGGGUUAUAGAACUUAUUACUCUAGAGGAAAACAGGCCCAUGAGGCCUGUGAUUGAGAGUCCAGUUAAUGAGACGAUGGAAGUUGUCUUGGGAUCCCAGCUCCAAUUGAUAUGCAAUGUCUCUAGCCGGCACAUUACCUCUGUCUCCUGGAAGUGGAAUGGGUCAGAAAUUGAUGAAAAGGACCCAGUGCUGACAGAACACUAUCCACGAGUAGAAAAUCAGAUGAACACAGUCAUCGCAGCACUUAACAUUUCAGAAGUGAAAAGUAUAUUUUAUCUGUAUCCAUUUACCUGUAUAGCCAAGAAUGCAUAUGGUAUAAAUGCAGCAUAUAUUCAAUUAAUACAUCCAGUCCCCAAUUUCCAGAAGCACGUGAUUGGUAUAUUUGUCAUGUUAACAGUAGUAAUUACGAGCUCCGUUUUCAUCUAUAAGAUCUUCAAGGUUGACAUAGUACUUUGGUACAGGGAUUCUUGCUAUGAUUUUCUCCCCAAAAAAGCUUCAGAUGGAAAGACCUAUGAUGCAUACAUACUAUAUCCAAAGACCCUUGGGGAAGGGUCCACCUCUAAGUCAGAUAUUUUUGUGUUUAAAGUCUUACCUGAAGUCUUAGAAAAACAGUGUGGCUAUAAGCUCUUCAUUUAUGGAAGGGAUGACUACGUCGGGGAAGACUUUGUGAAGGUCACUAAUGAGAAUAUAAAGAAAAGCAGAAGGCUGAUUGUCAUUUUGGUCCAAGAAACAUCGGGGUUCAGCUGGCUGGGGAGUUCUUCUGAAGAGCAAAUAGUGAUGUACAAUGCUCUCAUUCAGGAUGGAAUUAAAGUUGUCCUGCUGGAACUGGACAAAAUCCAAGACUAUGAGAAAAUGCCAGAAUCCAUUAAGUUCAUUAAGCAGAAACAUGGGGCCAUACACUGGUCAGGGGACUUUACAGAGGAGAGAUUGCAUUCUGCAAAGACAAGGUUCUGGAAGAAUGUCAGGUACCACAUGCCAGUUCAGCAGCAGCCACGUUCAUCCAAGCACCAGCUGCUGUUGCCGGCCACUAGGCCUGACUCGAAGGAGAAGCUGCAGAGGGAGGUACACGUGUCUGUCGGGUAACAAGGAGAAGCUUGGCCAAGAGUUCCCUGAGUGACUUACGACAUUGCAGGUUGGGCUGUGCCUCCACUGACUUGUACAGUCACAAAAUGCUCCUGUAUAAACCCUGAUCCCCCAGAUCACCUGGAAUUGGAUUGUUAAGGGAGCAGGACGUGGCGACAGUAGCAGGCCAGGGCAAUUCAGAGUGGAGGGCUUGGGAAGGCGUUUAAAAAGGCAGCACAUGCCCUCUGUGAAUAUUGGAACUGCUGAGAAAAGGCACAAGGAGAGCAAAUGAGAGGAAAGAACGUGCUGGAAGUGGUCAUCUAGAGACGGUUUUAUGAAGUCAUUCACAGCCCAAGAGUGAGGCGAUGGCCCAGUCUGGGGAUGGUAGAAUCACGGGUACUUGGGUGGCCAGGGAAGCCUCGAGACUACUGAUACUUCUCAGAGGAAGAAGUAUUUUUGGAGAACUUUCUACUCGCCUUGCAUUUUCCAUACGCAUCGACGGCCAGCAGUCAGUUUCCUAAAACUGAAUUUCAUUUUAGAGGCCUUUCAAACUAUCAUUUCAAUGAACAAAGGGAUUCUCCAGGAUUCUAAGCUUUUGAAAUAACCUAAGCUUUCUGCUGGAGAAAGAGAAUUUGAAGAGGAAGAGUAGCAGAAAAUUGAUCCCCUCCUAAUGCGUUCUCCCCUGGAAUGACCAUUCUGGCCUACCUUACUCUUCUGUGUUUCAUGUGACUCACUUCUCUGGAAGGACAACGUCCAGGUCACCUCCUCCCUCCUCUCGCUCCGUCAUGCACACGGCUCACAGAUUAACCAUCCUUCAUGAAACGCUGCUCUCUUCUCAUCCUGCUCUUGCUAAAACGCCUACACGGGGUCUCCCUGUUCAGGAGCUGAAGCCAAAUUCUCCCACUCGCGUUUCACUGCCAUUCCCAACCCCCAAUCUGUCCACACAGCGUCCUCUCUCUGUUCUGCUGUGUGAAUUCCCACAUCGGCCUUCUGUGCCUUCUGACUUGCCCCCAGGGUUCCUCCAUCUCUAUCUCUCCGUCCUGUCUUUGACCACAAUGCCUUCUCGAAUUUUCCCCAGCUGACCAGAAUUUUACUGAAAUUCAAAAUGUAUUCCAACUCCAUUUCCCCAAAAGACAUUGCUCCAGGAGACGCUGACUCUCUCCUCUCAGUCCCAUAGUACUGACUGUUGGCUGUCACGGUUUGAGAAGUUCGUUCUGUCUCCAGCUAGAAGCCCUGCCCUCUGCAGGAGAGGCUGUGCGUGUGUCUCUCUUGUCCCCAGUGCUUUCACAGGUAAUUUGCACAUAGGACAUAGAUUUGUGUAGUCCUUCAUUAUUUGCAAAUGUCCAUAGAUUAUCUUAUUUAAUUUUUGCUCUGAUUUUAUAGAGAGUAAGUGACCGGUUGUGAAACAAUUACACUCUCAGUACUUACUGGACCCUGUGCCUUGCACAUCCCCUGCUUGCUUCUAGGACAGUGUUUUCUGAAGAUUUCAUCUCCAGUCCCUACAUGUCCCUUUUACCCCUACCCUGGCACUUUUGUGAGAAGAGAUGAGAGUUUUCUAGGAUGGUGGCUGAGUCUAGUAAUGCUUGUAUUUCACAGACCAAAUUCCAAUCUUUUGACGGUUGGAAUUUACAAAAAUUAUGUUUAGAUUUUAUGAAAAAACUUACCUGCUUUCAUAUAUUCUUUCCCUGAAGGUAAAUGUUUCUUAGUUAAUUAAACAUGAAAGCAAAUUGGGUUUUUUGGUAUUGAAAAAUGUUUUGAAAAACUUGAUAGAAGUCCCCAGGAUAAUUAGAGGAAAACCCCAGAAAACCACAAAGUCAUGUUUCUGUGCCAUUUACUGAAGGGCAUGUGCACAGUUUGAAAAGUCCUAGGAACUUGGGCAGGCCUUCUGGUUUUAUUGUGUGUGUGUGUGUUUUUUUUUUUGUAUUUUAAUAUUUAAUAAACUUUUGUUUUUUUGUUUUGCCCGAAAGUAGUCCAGAGCUUGACAGGGUUUCUACCUGUUUUCUCUUGGAUUCGAUCUGACAACGUUGAGUAAUAGGGCUGUUUUGGAGCAGCCCUUUUUAAAAAGUGUCUUAUUUUCAUCUGGCAGCGCGUACAGACUUCAGCCAGAAGUCUCAGGGGUCGGGUGCCGUUAGGUUCCCAAAAGGUCGUUCACAUGCUUUAACUGUUGCUGAGUGUUUUUAGGCUGUCAUUUGUGAAAUAUAUUUGCACACGUAGUGCCAAGAAAGCCUGUUUUGAAACUGAGAAUUAGCAGCAAAAUUGGCCAGAAAAUAAGGAGAGGGGAAAACAACCAGCAAUGGCCAGUUGCAUUGCAUCUGGAGUUCAGGGAGGGACAAGAAUCCAGGGAUAUGCAAGGGCAGAGGGGGGGCCCCUAAGUAGGGAAGUGAAAGGUCAGUGUCACUCCCAUUCCCACAGGAGGGUUCCAGAGGAAGGAGCUACAUUCCUAGUCUCCAGGGAACUUCCUUUGUUUUGUUCUUUCGGUUCCCGCCCCCCCUUACCCCCUCCCCCCCACCCCCAAACCUCUUUAAGCUCUUCCUUUCACGACUUACUCAUUAAUUAGAUCUUACUGAUUUUCUGGUGGUAUUUUUUUUUUUUUGUCAGCCUGUGUGUUUAAGAAAAGUUUGCACAUGCACGGAAGUGUUUUGUUUCCAGUUGUUAAAACUGGCUUAGCAGAACUCAUGUUUCCAUUCUCCUGACUCUUUAUUUUAUUUGCAAUAAAAGAGAAAGUAUUGAGCCAAUUUUUUAAUGACAUUUUUGAUAAAUUAUAUUUGUACUGGUUAAUGAUGAAGGCCUUUUUACAAACUCGUUUGUAUAAAUCUGCAGCAGAUACCAAAUAUUUUUGUAUAGUAAAAUACCAAGUCAUGUACAGCACGUAUCAUGGAAAAGGACUGUACUUGUUUUUCAAUAAAAUUGUCAAAACCUCA